AUGAACACAACUUUUGCUAUUUUAAAUGAAACUGUUGCGAAUGGUACAGAAGCAAAUUGCACUGAAACGGUAAGAAUUUAGGAUUUUGUUCAAUUAAAUAACCCUUUUUAAAUUUUCAGUUUGUUUCGUCAGCAAGCAUGGAAAAUUGUCUAAAAUUGUUCGAGCGUUGUAUGACGAUUGCUUGCUUUUUUUCAACAUUUUUACAAGUUUACGUAAUACGAAAAGCUAUCAAGUAUAUCAAACGUGGCUCCGGUGAUGAAUGCUUACAUGUUUUUUUGCUAUCAAUGACUCUUGGUGAUAUUUUACUCACAAGUAAGUUAGCAUAUAUUCUUCUUUCAUAUCAGGAAUCAUUGAACACUAAUUUCUAGGCUUCUGCUAUCCAAUUGAGCAAAUGCGAGAGCAACAAUUGAUUAACCCACCAACCUGGGUGAAUAUUUGUCAACAUGUAGGUCAAAAUUAUUUUUUGUGUUUAGGAAAUAUUAUUUUUACAGUUUUUGACAUGGCUUGGACUUUUGGUAUCUUCAGCAAGCUUGAUUCUUCUAAAUGCUGACAAAUUGCUGUUUUUCAAAUUUCCAUUGAGGUGUGUUUUUCGUGAAGAAUUGUGGGUAAAUAGUCCAGUUGGCCUGGGGGAACUUAUGUAGUCCAGACCUAUACAGUUAGCGAUGGUUUUCUAAAUGUUUUAAUUAUCACGAUCAGGCUAAUUCAAAAGUUCGAAAAUGAUCCACUCUUUCUUAGUCGUCUUUCUUAAUCUUUACUAGCUCAAAAAUUUGAAAUAAUUUCUAGACAGAUAUUGAGCUGCUUUAAUGGUCUAGACAUUUUUUUUGCUCAUUCUUUCUAGGUGGUCUAAUCGGCUCUGAUUUUCCAAGAACUUGGUCAUUUUUUUCAAUCCGACUGAAAUCUGAUUUUUCAGAUAUACCAACAUUGUAACAUCAACGAAAGCAAUGAUGAUUGUGGUUUUUGUUUGGGUUGGAUGUUUUCUCUUUGUCUGCUUAUGCUGGUGGCUGGAAUGUUUUGAGUGAGUUUUUUUCUUUGAUUCUAAAAUUGAAAAAAAAUGUGUUUUUUUUCAGGUGCAAUCAAUCGUGUCGGACUUUACUAAUUUUCAAAGACAAGGUGUCAAUGUAUAUUGUCUUCACGGUAUGUUUUUUAAUUUUUGAGUUGACAUUCUAUUUUCUUCUUUAGACUUCUGCGUGUAUUUUGCCAAGUCUUACAUCAUUAUUUGUUGCAAUUUAUAUUAUGAACGUUGUAACUUCACAUAGAACGAAACUAUCGGAUGGUUAGUUUUUCCAAAAAAAAACAUGUAUUUGAAUGAAUAUUAAACAUUUUUCAGAAAAUAGUAAUUCAUCACAUGCUUUAGCGUCACGACUUCGAACUUUUUAUUUUAUUUUUAUGGCAACAAUUUUCACAGCAGUUACAUUGUUACCUUACCGAUUAUAUAAUAUUAAAAGACAGUUGUUCACUGAUGAAGAUGAUUCAUACUCAUGUUUGGAUCUUUAUUAUCCAUGGAUUUUGCUGUAUCUUGUUUCUCUAAAUGCGGUGAGUUUGGAAAAAUCAUCAAGUUUUGUUUUUACAUUCCAACAAAAUUUUUUUUCAGAUUCUGAACCCACUUAUAACUGUGACAGUCUUGCCACAAUAUCGUUUCCGUUGGUUGUGCAAAGUAAUGGGUUGUGCCACAAAUCCAUCUCCAGUUCAUGUGUAA